AUGAUCCGGUUAAAGCACUUGUUACUGAAGAAGUCCUUAAAGUAUUGCUGUAUCAAGAUUGAUUCCCUACAUGUAGCAGACUCAAGAAAACAGUCAGAAUUUCACAUUGCUGUAAAGGCAGUAUAUGGCAUUGUUCAGUAUGUUCUCCCUCUGGAAACUGAAAUAGUCCAGGACCUUGCAUUACAACACCAGCUGAAAGCCGUUUGUGUGUCACUUCUAAGAGCGGUUGUCAGCAAUAAGUUACCAUCUGACUGCAGCUUGAUUGUAUCGACUUCAUUGUGCAUUACCUCAGCUCUGCUUUGUACGAGGGAUGUGGAAUUGAAUUUCUUAAAGCUGAUAUGUGCCAUAAGCCAAGCACAGACUCUGAAAGGAAAAUCUGAAGACAGUGAAUGGUCUCUUCCUGAUAUUGAAAUAGAGGAAUUGGAAGAAUUCUGUAGAGGGAUAACACCAUCUCUCCCUAUUGUUUUGAUGUUUUAUGGACUAUUCAAUUCAAAUGCUGCUUGGUUAUAUUCAUCCAGGGGUAGAGGAAGUGACAGUGAAAUGAACACUCCAUUUCUCUAUGAAGUGCAUCCAGUGAUCAUGAAGAUGUGUAAAUCUGCAGCCAGCUAUACGUUUCAGGCAUUUCAGGUGCUUCACAUGUGGCUUGUGUGUGUGAGGAAGUACGGUAACUUGUUAAAGGAAGUAGAAUGUGAUAAGGAAGAAAAAACAGGAUGUAGCCUCAAGCAGCAGCAUCCGGCGUCCUGGUCAAUAUUCACGCUCCAGGCUAAUGAUAGCAAUACUAUAUUCCAUCUUUUGAAUUCUAAUUGGGAAAAUCCAGCUAAAGGGGCAAAUGAGGUAGGUUUGAUUGUGACAGGGGUCCUCGGUAUGAGUGAAAGCUCUACAGCAGCAUCCGGUAUUAGCAAAUGGUUGACAGAGUCUCUUAAGGUGAACCAUCUGGCCUCAGCUGGCCUAAUGUGUACAAAAUAG